AUGAGAGCCACGCAGCCUCUUCUUGCAAAGAGCUUCCUUGCGCGGAGCUUUGACGAGCUCAAGAGGCGCUCCAGUAUAGCCUGGAACCUCGACGCCGUCAAGGGUCCCUCAGGCCCCCGCGAGCUCUACGACUUCCACAGCGCCGAUUCCGUGAGCAACUGCAUUGUCAUGUCCGACAAAUUGAUCGGCGGCUCCUCCACCAGCAGUCUCGACUUCAUCCAUUCUUCGACUUCCUCCUCCUCACCGUCUCACGCACGCUUCUACGGCCACAUCUCGACCUCACUCCCACCAGAUCGCUUGGCAAUUCAGCGGACAGGCUAUGCGGCGUUUCGGACACCAGACCAGCCGCCCACAGUCUUCGGUCGCUCUGUUUGGGAUAUAGACCCUUACAUAUAUCUCGCAUUGCGGAUCAAAUCCGAUGGCAGAGCAUAUUACGUCAACGUACAGACAGAGAGUGUGGAGCCAACAGACCUCCAUCAGCAUCGGCUAUUCACAAAGCGCCCUGGGCAAUGGGAAACGAUUCUCAUUCGGUGGAAUGACUUUGUGCGCACAAACCAUGGCUUCGUCGUUGAGCCACAAACAGAGCUUUUAAGACAAAGAGUCUAUAGUGUAGGCAUCGGGCUGACGGAUCGCGUGGAAGGGCCCUUUGAGCUCUGCAUCGAGAGAGUGUGGGCAACAAAUGGAGCUGAAGAGACACGCACGACGAAAGAAACACAGGAGGGGGAACUGAAGAACAGGAAGGGCGAAAAGAUUCAGUGGUGA